UUUUUUUUUCUUUCUUUUCUUUGGGAAAGGAAACUUCUCCCCGUCAGCAGGAAUCUAUCUCCGCAGCUUCCGUUGACUGUUUUCUCACUUGGCUCUGGCCCUUUAUUAUAUUCCACGAGCUUUUUAAUUCAAAGCCCGUACUUUCGCCAUGACCAUCUCCAAUGGUGACGCACAAGGGCUCCUCCCCACCAAGGCAGAAAUCCAGGACUUCACCACGGCUUUGGAAGUCCUGGAGAGAGACUAUCCAACCAGAGAUGGUUUGGAUGUCGACGCCUUACUUGACUCAGACAAGCACGGUGCACUGACUUACAAUGACUUCUUGGUCCUGCCUGGCUACAUUGGAUUUCCCGCUUCCGAUGUCUCUCUUGAAACUCCAGUCACGAAGCGAAUCAGUUUGAAGACUCCUCUUCUGUCUUCUCCUAUGGACACUGUCACUGAGCACAACAUGGCCAUUCACAUGGCACUGCUUGGUGGCCUCGGUGUCAUCCACCACAACUGCUCAGCCGAAGACCAGGCUGAGAUGGUCCGCAAAGUGAAGAGAUUCGAGAACGGCUUCAUUUUGGACCCGGUCGUCAUAUCUCCCAAGACCACUGUCGCUGAAGCAAAGGAACUCAAGUCCACCUGGGGAUUUGGCGGCUUCCCAGUAACUGAAAACGGAACCCUUCGCUCCAAGCUCGUCGGUAUUGUCACUAGCCGUGAUAUCCAAUUUCAUACCUCAGAUGAAGAUCCUGUAACCCAAGUUAUGUCUACUGAUCUCGUCACUGCCCCCGCUGGUACCACCCUUGCCGAAGCUAAUGAGGUGUUGCGCAACUCGAAGAAGGGAAAACUUCCCAUCAUCGACAAGGAUGGCAAUCUUGUCUCCUUGCUCUCGCGCUCGGAUUUGAGAAAGAAUCUGCACUAUCCUCUGGCAUCUAAGCUUCCUGACUCCAAGCAGCUUAUUGCCGCUGCCACUGUCGGAACUCGGGAUUACGACAAGCAGCGAUUGCAGUUACUUGUUGAUGCUGGUUUAGACAUUGUUGUGAUCGACAGCAGCCAAGGCAACAGCAUAUAUCAAAUCGACAUGAUUAAAUGGGUUAAGAAGACUUUCCCUCAAAUUGAUGUCAUUGGCGGUAAUGUUGUCACGCGCGAGCAAGCUGCGAACCUCAUUGCUGCCGGUGCCGAUGGCCUGAGAAUUGGCAUGGGCAGCGGUAGUGCAUGCAUCACUCAAGAGGUUAUGGCUGUCGGUCGCCCCCAGGCAUUGGCUGUCCACAGUGUUUCCUCGUUCGCUGCCCGCUUCGGUGUGCCUUGUAUCGCCGAUGGUGGUAUUGAGAACGUCGGCCACAUCGUCAAGGGUCUUGCUAUGGGCGCUUCGACAGUCAUGAUGGGCGGUCUCCUUGCCGGUACAACCGAGUCUCCUGGCGAAUAUUUUGUCAGCAGCGAGGGCCAGCUAGUCAAGGCUUACCGUGGUAUGGGUAGCAUUGACGUAAUGGAAGAUAGAAAGACGACCAAAGCUGGAAAGGAAGGCAAAGCUCAAAACGCCGGAACUGCCAGAUAUUUCUCGGAGAAAGACCGCGUCCUUGUUGCCCAGGGUGUCUCUGGGUCUGUUUUGGACCGUGGUUCCGUGACUAAGUUUGUUCCAUAUCUCAUUGCUGGUGUUGAGCAUUCGUUGCAGGAAAUUGGUGUCAAAAGCAUCAAAGCGCUACACGAAAACGUCAAUAAUAAGACUGUUCGUUUCGAGGUGCGCAGUGGCAGUGCUCAGGCGGAAGGCAAUGUCCACGGUCUGCACAGCUACGACAAGAAAUUGUACUCGUAGACGCUUAUAAUUGAAGAUUACGAUCGAGCACUUCAAAAUGAAUUAGUGAUGUAUUGAUAAUGACUGUCUUGAGUGAAUGUGAUUACCUUAAAAAUUUGAAUAUCUAACUUUUUUCCAUUUG